UCUCAGGAAACCUUCACUCUGUCAACAUGUUGUCGUUUGUGUUGCUGCUGCUGUUAAUCAGCGGAGCUCAAGCUUCUUACUAUGGCGUCGUCUUUAGCUACUCUAUUGGAGACCUUCAGCCAGAUGGAUACCCAGAAUCCAAUAACUUUAAGGUGAGCUUCAGCUCUUGUGCAGAGUUUAACUCUUGGUUAUGUGAUGGAGAAUGUAGCGAGUUCCCAGUUUAUCCAGUUGAUGAAAGACGAAGUGAUUGGUGUCAGACGGCCUACAUUGAGACUUUUUCAACCUCAUUCCUGACUGCAUCAGAUUCUCCGUUUCAUGCUACAAACUGGACAGAAAACAGAAAUGGGAUUGAACUAUCAGCAGCUACACGGCUCAUUGAAAUAAGAAACCGUUCUGACAUCAACAAACCAAACUCAUCACCCCAAACCACCAUCAUCCCUCUGCUGAGAGUUCCUUCAAACUGUCAGAGAAACAUCAACCUGCUGGUCUCUGAUCCAGAUGGAGACGACAUUAGAUGCAGAUAUGCAGCUGGUUCAGAGUGCAACAUCUGCACUCCUCCGUCUGUCCUCAGUGUCUCAUCAUCUUGUUCUCUGUCAUUCAGUCCCACUAACAGCAGCAAUGAAGGUCCGUAUGCGGUUCAGAUGGUGAUGGAGGAUUUUACCGGGCAGAACAUCACUCUGACUAAUAGCAGUGGUGUUCAGGAAGUGAAAACAACCAGUGACUCCAUCAGCAGAAUUCCUGUCCAAUUUGUUUUCAGAGUGGAUCCUGCAGCUCCAUCCUGCACAGAAGGUGAAUAUCUGCCCAGGUUUCUGUCUCCAACUCCUGAACAUGGAGCUCAGAUCCUCACCAACGUUAACCAGGCUGUGGAAAUCAUCGUCAGAGCAGAAGCAACCCAGGCUGAGUGA